UAGUAUUGGAGAUGCGUAGCAGAGAAAAAGGGUGUAAUUAAAUUAAAUUAACUAAUAAACCACCAAAACUAAAUACUAACACUAAGAGCUCCGUUCCACCUUCCCUUCUAUAAUUCCAUUAAUCCUCUUUCUUUCUUCCUCUGCCAUUUUCGUCUUGGUUUUUCUCUUUUGCAAGAAUUCCUCCUUUUCGAUUCUUGUCGCUCACACCAUUUGUACGUUUAUUAUCUCAUUUAUUUGUUGGCGCAUUGAAGCAUACGUCACUUCCAGCUAUGAGAUCUCAAGUUUCUUUCUGCCGCUGACCGCUAACAAAUCAUAAACUGGGUUUCAGAGAUCUGGGAAAAACUCGUAGAUCUCUUUAGUUUCUGCCCAUUUUCUACUUGGGUUUUUUCCUGUAAUUUGCUAUGAGCUGGAGAUAUAAAGCUGGGUUGUUCUUGAUAGCUGCUGUUGUUAUUAUAUGGGUAACCUCUGCAGAAGUUACCCAGGGUAUCUUUACAGAUUACAAGCAGCCAUUUGCAGUGACAUAUCUUGGAGCUUCUCUAAUGGUAGUUUACCUCCCAAUAGCAUUUCUUAAAGACUGGAUAUGUAAGAUACUAAAGCAUCGUUCUUCUAAAAGUGGAAAAGGUGCAGGAAGCAUGAAUGAGUCUUCUGAUGGGUUAAACUCUCCUUUAAGCCUGAAAAUUUUUGAAAUUGAAGUUCCCGCAAGUUUGACCAGAAAAGACAGUGAAGCAGAAAUUUCAUCUCAAGUAGAGGGAAAGCCUUUGAUUACUAGACACAAAGAUGACUUAAGUGUGUUGAAACAUGACAAAGAGCUUACACCUAGAGAAAUUGCCAUCUAUGGUUUUUAUAUUGCCCCGAUCUGGUUUAUAACUGAGUAUUUAUCAAAUGCUGCACUUGCACGAACAAGUGUUGCAAGCACAACAGUUUUGUCAUCAACAUCAGGACUUUUUACACUUUUUAUUGGUGUAUUUCUGGGCCAAGAUACUUUAAAUGCAGCUAAAGUAGUAGCUGUCCUUGUAAGCAUGGCAGGUGUUGCCAUGACUACUUUGGGAAAAACUUGGGCUACAGAUGAGUCUCAAUUAAGUGCUUCUAUCAAUGGGAAACGCUCAAUUGUGGGGGAUCUUUUUGGCCUUCUUUCAGCUGUGUCAUAUGGACUAUUUACAGUGCUCCUUAAAAAGUUUGCUGGUGAAGAAGGAGAAAGGGUUGAUGUGCAAAAGUUGUUUGGAUACAUAGGACUGUUCACGCUUGUAGCUCUGUGGUGGCUUGUUUGGCCAUUGACUGCUUUGGGAAUAGAACCGAAGUUUUCAAUUCCUCAUUCUGCUAAAAUGGAUGAAGUUGUUCUUGCGAAUAGCUUUAUUGGAAGCGUUCUGUCUGAUUACUUUUGGGCAUUAUGUGUUGUAUGGACAACUCCAUUGGUGGCUACCUUGGGUAUGUCACUCACCAUUCCUCUUGCUAUGGUGGCUGAUAUGGUGAUUCAUGGUCGUCAUUAUUCAGCAAUUUACAUUCUUGGCUCUGGUCAGGUUUUUGCAGGAUUUGUAAUAGCUAAUCUUUCUGAUUGGUUCUCAAGAAAAUUGGGAUUAUAGCAUUUAGCCAAAUUCCUUGGCGUAAGUUCAAUUCUUUAUGGGACCUAUUUCCACAGAUCUUGACUUGGAAGUUACUUCCUGAAUAUGGGGGGCUGUUAUGGUUAUUUCCUGAGAAAUGAUGAUGCAAUUGUAAUAGAAUGUGCAAAUAGACGGUAGAGGACUGUAUUCUGGUUUGGUUGGGUCAGGUUUGUGAGUGGAGCCCUUGUUGUAAUAAAUGAUCUUGGUUAAAGAAAAAAAAAGUUUCUUAUU